AAGAAGUUGGGCCGCUUAGCACGUGAGUUACAUCAACUUGACCCGAAUAUCUUCAUUUUGGUUGUGUACAAAAAAACGCUAGGGCUGGAACUUGCAUAAUCAGUGAUUGAUCUUCUACCAGCUCCGUUUCUUCUACGCCACAGACCGCAAAGAAUAAGAAACCAUGCCGAAGAAUAAGGGAAAGGGAGGAAAGAAUAGGAAGAGAGGAAAGAACGAAGCAGACGACGAGAAGCGUGAGCUCAUCUUUAAAGAAGAUGGACAGGAGUAUGCCCAAGUGCUUCGUAUGCUUGGUAAUGGCCGAUGUGAAGCCAUGUGUAUCGAUGGUACCAAGCGUUUAUGCCAUAUUCGCGGGAAGAUGCACAAGAAGGUCUGGAUUGCGGCUGGUGAUAUAAUACUGGUUGGGUUGCGUGACUAUCAGGAUGACAAGGCUGAUGUUAUCUUGAAGUACAUGCCAGAUGAAGCUAGGCUUCUAAAGGCCUAUGGUGAACUUCCUGAGAACACACGUCUCAAUGAGGGUAUUGCUGGAGGCCUUGAUGAAGAAGAUGAUGGUGCUGGUGAUGAUUAUGUUGAGUUUGAAGAUGAAGAUAUUGAUAAGAUCUAGAGUUUGAGAACUGUCUUUCUUUCUACUUUAUGUUUAGUCAUGAAGAGAGAGUUCUCUAGAGUUGGUAAUGGUAUUAUAAGAGCCUGAGAAGGGUUUGUGCUUUAUAAAUUGAAUUUAAGAGAUAAACUGGUCAUAUUUCAUGUAAUACUUGCUACCCUUUUAAUCUUUCUAUAUGUCCUUGUUCUUGUGAAUUCUACUAUUUCUAUGGUUGACACUAAUAGCAUACUACCGAGUGCUGAUGUGGA